CAGAUCACCCCUGCCUGUAAUUUGCCUCUAAAAUCACUCAAAGGUGGUGGAAAGAUUGUAAUAGUUAAUCUUCAGAAAACUCCCAAGGACAAGAAAGCAACCAUGCUGAUUCAUGGCCUUGUAGACAAGGUAAUUGCAGGAGUCAUGGAAUUCCUCAGUCUGCGAAUCCCACCAUUUAUUAGAAUUGAUCUUCUCCAGACCAUUUUUACUCAGGCCUUAAGUCUUGAUAAAAAAUAUGUAAAUUGGACCCUUACUGUGGCAAGUGUCCAUGGAAGUAGGGCGCCAUUGCCUUUUAUCAAAUCUGUAGAGGUUUCUUUUUCAGAAUGUCAAAAUAUGAAAGCAACUGUUCUGCAUAAACAACCUCUUCAGCUAAAAAGGCGGACAGUUAAGAAUGCAAAUCCUUUUAACGUUAAGUUGAAAUUGAACUUCAGUGAUGGCUGCAAGUGUUCAUCGGCUGAAAUCAAAAUUCCAGUUGAUUUUAAGAUUUCAUCACAUGUGUUCAAGGAUGAUAAGGAUUCUAUAUUACAGAAUCUAAGAGAAAGCGCCAUCGUGGAUCCUCACUGUGGACAGGCUGCAGUUAUUGAGAAAAAGGUCAUUAUGGUUCCUAAAAGUGAGAUCAUGGUUCAUGCCAUUGUAACAAACAUUGUCAAGUUUGACAGAAAUUGUGGAGAUCUAAGUAAUGGCUCAUUGAAAAGGAAAUGUGUAGGUUUUAAUGGCAUCAUUCCCUCUAGAAAACGAUCAAACGGUAGAAAACCCAGAGUUUUAAAUGGAAGGUGAUCACAGAGCUAUACAGUCUCCUGUAAAUAUUCUUGUAGCAGCAUUCUGAGAAAAUGUUAGUAUGUGGGGACUGGGUGAAUUUUGGUAGUUAAUACACUCGGUCUGGCUCUGAUAGAAAUCUGAAAUUUCAUAACCCAUUUUUUGUAGUAGGCCAAAGUUUAACUCUCAUUUCUUUCUAAUCCAUUCUUGAAAUUCAUAUA